AUGACGUGGUUAAUCGUGUUGAUGUUUCAGGUGCAUGGUGACUUUUGGUUCCGUCAGCUUUGGGUGAUCUCCUCGAUCUCCUCUCCUCGCUACACGCCCCGCACCGGCCUGCUGCGCACCAGCAGCCCAGUGACCCUGAGCCCUCGCAGCAGUGUGGGCGCAGGGUAUGCGGUGGGUGUGGCCGCCCGUAGCGUGGGUGUGCUGGGCACUGGGCCACGGCCGGGGCUGGUGCCACGGCUGGACCUGGGAAAGGCUGAAGUUGCUUCCAUGACCUUGAACCCUUACUCGAGCAUUUUGGGGGUCUAUGCAUCGCAAGAGACCCUCGAGGCCUACCAGCUGGCAGAUGAUGAUCUCGGGCGUUUGGUACAGUGGACACUCGGAAGCCCGCAGGAGCUUUGGGAGGUGCGAUUUACCUUCACACACGUGUGUGGCCCCAACGGUGGCACGGUGCUCGGCCUGGGCUUUGGGACUGCGGAUGCCCGCAUGGAGGAGGUGGACAUCCUGGAGAGCGAAAGCCUAGCGGUGUGUGACGCCUACGAUGGUGAGAUCAACGUUUUUGGACAACAGAUCCAGAAGGAGUCGCUAGACCUUUGCGAGCCAAGCUCUGGUUCGUGUGAAGAAGAGUCCAUCACCGCGAUGUACGAUGCGACACAGGGGCUCCUACGCUUCACGGUGGAGUCGCGAAGAUGUCGUGCGAGAGCUCGGCUCGGGAAGACGGCGAAAUCCAAGCCAAAGAGUAGCGAUGACAUCCAACCUAAAAGGAAUGGCCUCCAACCUGUAGCGAUGGCCUGA